UCCGAGGGGCGGGCGAUGGCGCCGCCGAGGCCCGGAGCGGCGGCCCCGGGGGUACCGGGGGAUACCGGCGGGUCCCGGCGGGUCCCGGGGUCUCGGCUCCCUGACACGGCUCCCCGGGCUUGAGGGACUCGGCAGGGCAGCUGCCCCGCCCCGCCGCUGCCGGCAGAGAUGGACCAGCGGCUGGCCGAGCUGGUGGAGGAGCUGACCACCUCGGGGGAGCCGCGGCUGGAGCCGGGCAGGCUGAAGGAGCUGAAGAAGAUCUGCAAGUCUUCGGAGGAGCACGUCCGCCACGCCUUCCACCUGCUGCGGACGCGGCUGAAGGAGGAACACGCCGAGAUGCGCUUCUCGGCUUUCCUGGUCCUGCAGGAGCUGUUCACCCGCUCCCAUCCGUUCCGGACGCUGGUCAUUUCCAACUUCCAAGAGUUCUUGGAGCUCACCGUGGGGAUAGACCAUGAGCAGCCUCUUCCCCCUCCCAGGGAAGUGGCGCAGAAGCUGAGGAAAGCUGCUCUGAAGUCGGUGCAAGACUGGCACGAGAAAUACGGAGAGGCCUACAAGCAGCUUUCUCUGGGAUACCACUUCUUAAAGCAGAAUAAGAAGGUAGAUUUCCAAGAUGUGCAUGCCAGAACCGUGGCUGAAAGGAGGAGGGAGGAAGAGAAGCAAAAACGAUUGGAUACCAUUUAUAAAGAAAAGGCCAAAAAAGCUGAAAAAGAAAUGGAAGAAAUGUCCCAAGAGGUUGCCAACACACUGACAGAGAUGGAAAACUGUUUCCAGCUUCUGAUUCCAGAUCUUUUUGACUUCACUGUGAAUGACACAGAACUGGAACCCAGCAAACAAAUGACUUCUAAUGAGGAUAGAUCUGCAUCUCCCUCGUCGUCCCAGAUGGAAGUUAACCAGUCCUUUGGAUACAUAGAUGAUGAACAGCCAUGCUGCAGCAAGGACAUUGUUUCUCAGUGUGUUAGAACUGAGAAAAACAAAGAGUUAGAUGGGAAACCUGAGCAGAAAGAACCAGAUGGAGGCACAUGCUUGGAAGUCCAAUCUGAGGUCCCUGCUCUCCAUGAUGAUGAUUACCAGACUUUUGUUAGGAGCCAUGGGCUCAUUUCACAUAAGUAUACUCUAGACCUUGAAAUCUCCACAGAUAUAAAAGUGCAAGAGGAUGAAGAUAAUGCUGCCAUAAUAAAUAAUAUCAUGGAUGCUCACAGACUCCUUAAAAAUAAGUUCUGGCCUUCUGUGCAGUCCUGGAUUCAGUUAUUUACCAAAGCAGGAGUAAAUGAUGAUCGGCUCAGAUGUGCCAUUGAUCUCAAGAAUAAAAUGGAGACUGCCAUGAAGAAAUACAAGGAAAUGAACAUUUCCUUUAAAGAGAGAAAAAGAAAAGUGAUGAAAGCCUCGGAUGACGAUGACGAUGAGGAGGAUGAAGAUGAAUUUGUGGAGGUCCCUGAGAAGGAAGGUUAUGAGCCCCACAUUCCAGACCACCUGCGUAAGGAAUAUGGUCUAGAACCACAGUCACCUCCAAAAGCACCAGCAGCGAAGACGACAACAGGACCAGCUCCGCUGAGCUCCCGCACCCACCUGAAAGGGAAUGAAGAUGAACUUGAUCCAACCUGUGCAGCUGCCACAUUGAAACUUAUUAGAGACAAACUACCCAAGUUACCACCUCCACAUGCCAGUGACUCUGCAAGUCCUGAGCCAGCAGCCUUGGAAGAGCCUGACAGUAAGAGAAGAAAACUGGAAGAAGAAAGAGCUAAAGCUCCCCUCAUGCCUUUUGGAUUAGACCUUCACUACUGGGGACAGGAUCAGCCAAGUGCUGGGAAGAUUCUCAAAUUUACUUCUGAGCAUCGAUUCUGGGCACCCAGUGAAGUAGAGGAAGAGGUGGAAAAUAAAGAAAUAACGGAAAUGUUAAAAACUAGAUAUAUAACAUUUGCUGGCAAGUUUGAACCAGUGAAGCACAAGUGUCGAGCCCCAAUGCCUGAUGGAAGCCUGUGUGAAAGACAAGAUCGGAUUAAGUGCCCUUUCCAUGGAAAGAUAAUUCCUCGGGAUGAAUCCGGGAUUCCUGUUAAUGCAGAGGACAGAGCCAGAGAAGAAAAGAUGAAGUUUGAGAAGCAAGCAGCUCAGCCAGAGUGGCGAGAUCCAGAAUUUAUGAGAGAAGUUGAAGCAGCCACAGGACUGGAUCUUGGUUCAUCUAAAAAUAAUGGAAAAGGAGGGAAGAAGAAAGGGAAGAAGAAAAAAUACCCCAACCUGACAGACCUGAAGCAGCAGGCUAAUACUUCUCGUUCCCGGCUUGAGAAGAAGGUUUUCAAUAAAGGUGCAGUGAAACGGGUGGUGAAAGCAAUGAACAGAGUGGACCAAAGAAAACAUGAGAAGUUUGCCAACCAGUUUAACUAUGCACUGAAUUAACUGUACUAAAAUGAAGGGCAAAGAAGAUUAUCCAGAGUGCAAGUGCACAAAACCUUGAUCAUAAUUAAAGUACUAUGCCAAAUGCAUUUUCACUGGGAUAAUUUUUAAAUUGUUUUCAGCUUGAGCUUGUUUGAUAAUUAUUUGAUAAUGAACUUAGUUUAUCAUUAUUUUGGCCAACAUGUGGUGGUAUAGAAUGGAAUGCAUUUAACAAGUUGGAAAUGUACAUGAAAGAGCAUGAUUUAUGACUUGUACGUACUCUGGGUAAAAUGUUCAGAUGGGUGGUUUGUUUUUUUUCCUUCCAAAGGGACUCACGUAACUUAUACCUCCUUUGCCAAUGUGUGUUGUAAUUUGCUUCCACUUUCAUGCCUUCAGAAAAAAAAAGAUAUAUUAGAAACAAUUAGAUUUCUAGCAGAGCUGACAACCCAGAGAUUAUUUGCUCAUCCUGCUAUUCUAGGAUUCCUCAAGCAGCACAGUGGCUCCUGCAGUACCUCUAAAGAGCUCUUACAUACACACACACACACCAAAUCCAAAUCAACUGAUGCCUUCAGAUAAUUAAUGGAGUAGAGGUUGAUUUCAGCAAACUGAAAUACAGAAACUAAUGCAAAAUUAGUAGCUGUGGUGGUAGAAAAGCUGAAAUGACAAAGGUCAUCCUGGUCUGCUUUUUGUCUUCCCACAAUGGUAUCCCAGUAUCUUUCAGAACUACACCUGGAAGGCAUGUUGUGAAAGUUUGUAGGGGUGCUCAGACUGUGCUCAGUUCAGCCCAUUCCAAAAAGCUCAGAGUGAAAGUGUGAGGAUUUAGAAAGUCAUUCAAGUGGCAUAUUGUACUAGGGAACUGCCUGGCUUGAACCAGUUAGAAUGUUAUCAGGCUCAGGUCUGAGGAUGCAUCUCAGGAUCCAGAAGCAUCUGGACUCUUCUAACUCCAGAAAGUUAACUCACAUUCCGAGAUCAAGCAGCUGGAUCCAGUGUGGUUUGGUGUUAUUGGCUGGGUGCUUGACCAGGUCUCCCAAACCUGCUUUGCUGGCUAUAGUCUUGUCUUAAGCAGAGUGAACCAAACAUUGACCAGUUGUGGUCUUGCAGUUUCAUACAGCUUUAUAUGUGAAGGAAAUCCAGAGUAUCAAGGAAGACAGAAUGUUUGAAAAUCAACUUCAAAGUGAAGCGUGGAAGUCUUCCAAUAAAAUACAGAAUACAAAUCAGAAUGGAUUCUCUACAUCACUGGCUUAGUCACUCACCUGUUGAAGGUGUUUCCUCAUGCAUCAAAAGCCUGUAAGAAUUUUAAAAGGAGAAACAUUCAACUCCUUAGUGUAGCUUCUGACCACCUCAGACAAAAGCUAAUUCACAGUUUUGCCAGCUGCCUUUUGACUUGCACAGGUACUGCUUAGAAAGCAAUAAAUGCUGAAUCUUGCUAGUUCAUCUUGCAAGAGCUCUGCAGUUCAGAAGACAUUUUCCUCUUCAACAUGGGUACUUAGAAGAUUUACUUCUAAAAUACCAGAAAUAAAAUUAUAAACAGUCAGAAUUUUAAAAGUUAUCUACUACACUGGAAAGCAAAGCCACUUCUACCAUCAGUCUAGCUAACUUGGCAGGGAAGACUUCAGGUGAAAAUGUAGACAAGGACAAACCAGGUUCAUCACCAGGUCAUCUGAAUCAACUGAUAAACUGAUUUUAUUUCUUCUUACAGAUAAAAACACAAAAUAAAACCAAAACCAAACAAAACCAACAACAACAAAGCCCUGCACGUUUGAGUGUAAUACGGAUCAUCGGAUACUGGGAUCCCAGAACAGUCUAAAUAAAACUGAUAGAUCUUGGACAGUAACAUUCAGAAGAUCCACAUAGAUCAUUGUGCUACUAUUCCAGAGAUUCUUGGGCCUGCACAAACUGAAAGUGUUGAUUUAUAAGCCACAUUUUCUCUCCUCCCUGUAAAAAGAGGGGGGAAUUUAUAUUGUGUAGUGGCACUUAACCCUUCUUUCCUGUGGACUGGAGAUGCUAGAAAGUUUCCAUCAAACAGAAGGUGCACUUUACCUCUUGGAGUUCCUGGUUUGGGCCUUCAGUAAAUUAAAAACAAAACAAAACAAACAAAAAAAACCAAAACAAGCCCAAAGACCAAGAUUAGAAGGGGAAAGGUAGAAAUCUGUGAGAAAAAUGUGUGCUUAAUAAGUAGCACUCCAUUAUGAUGCUACUUGGUCACAUCAGUUGUAGAAUUAUCAGCUGAAACUUCCUCUCUGGACCUGAGUGUCUGAUCCCCCAGUAAAACCUGAUCCUAUCAUGUGAUCCAUUUGCUCUCCCCCUGCUUUAUCAAAAACACAGAUGUGCAAAAAGGUGUUUUUCUAAGGUGCCUCUUUCAUGCAGAAAAAGAAUUUGCAGAAUUAGUGUUUCCCAGGAAGUGACUUGGAGAAGACUGACUCAGGCACACUGCCUGGACUUUGGGCCAGGGUAGCGAUGACCUUUUUAAAGCUCUUGUACUCUUUUGUCUAGUUUUGUUACAAGAACUUUUCUUGUCAGAUGGGGAAUACCCCAAGUUGGAUAUGAAUCCUUUUCUUCCUUUUUCUGCCUUGAAGCAGGAAAGACUGUUGACUUUUCACAGGAGAAUGUGUUAAACACACCCCUCCUCUCUAGCCCUGCCUUUGUGCUGACCUGACCUCAGCAUGCAUCUUCCCCUCAUCCAGUGUGUGAGAAACUCAUGCUUCCCAUGUUAAUUAUUGCAUCAUCUAAUCAAAUUAUUUCUCUACAAGGGCAACUCAGCAUAUGUACAUAUGAUGAGUCUUGUGUUUUGUCACUUAAGCAUUCUCAUCAGGUCUGGUCAGACAUAAUUUAGAGGAUUUGAGGAGCUUUCUCCUUUUCCUGGAUAUUCUGUAGCUCUGCUGUAGGAAAUUUUUUUUUAAAAGGCAUCUGUCUCCAAAGAUCCAGCAUAGCUUCAUUAAACAGAGAUCUUCUUGAGUCCAAAUUAAAUCAAGCUACUUUUUGGAUACACCACACCUCUUUGUGUAGCACUUUACUUACAGCAGUUUAUCUGAGGUCCCUGAGAUCAACUUUUCAAACAUCUUAGUUGCUAAACUGGGUGACGUUUCUACUGGAACUUUUCUAUUUCUGUCCUCAGGGCUUCUGGGAAAAAAAUGUAAUAAAAGAAAUGCAAAUGUCA